GUCAAAGACGUCUAUGUAUUGUGUUGCAAAGAUAUCUAUUGAAAUGAGCAUGCUAACCAGCUAGCCCCGACCCAUCCUGUCCUGUAAUACCACUAAUUUAAGUUUAACAUGCAGAGCAGUUUUUAUGCUGCCAGCGACAGCCGCAGACAGAGGCAUUAUGUUUUUGGGUUGUCCGUCCGUCUGUCCGUUUCCAUUCUCAUGAACACGUAUCUCAGGAACGCCUGGAAGGAAUUUCUUCAAAUUUGUCACAAACCUCCACUUAAACUCAAGGAGGAACUGAUUAGAAAUUGGUGGUAAAAGGUCAAAGGUCAAGAGCACUGUGACCUCACGUCCGUCCUACUCUUGUGAAAUCUCGGGGACCCCUCUUUCAAAUUUCUUCAAAUUUCGCACAAAUGUCCACUUGGACUCAAGGAGGAACUGAUUAGAAUUUGGUGGUAAAAGGUCAAAUGUCAAGGUCACUGUGACCUCACAAAACAUGUUUUUGGCCAUAACUCAAGAAUUCAUAUGCUAAUUAUGACUAUUUCACACAAAUGUCUAACAAGAUAAAAUGAUAAAGUGAUGAGGGUGACCUCCUCCCAAGCCCUGUGAUUCUUUCUCUCAUUCUAUUUAGUAUCAUUUACUUUAGAAGAUCAUGUUUGAAGGAGUAAUGGACUUCUGAAAUAUUUAGCUUAAUUAUUCUCAUCCUGCAACAUAAUUCAGCAGGUGCAACAAAGUCAGUUGCUGUCGUUUAGUUGGGAAACUGAACUUUUUCUAUUUUUAUGAUUCUGUUUUCUGGUGAACAAUGUUUGCAUUCCGAAGGGUAUUUGAAAUGAAAAGUGUCUGAGGUCAUUGUUCAUUUGUUCGCAGGGGAUGAAAAGCACUUUCAGUGUUCUGUCUGUCACUUUAAGGGGUUCAUUUCAGACAAAUUGCCCAGUCCCCCGUGUCUUGCUCAGACAGCUCCAGUGUGUGUUUGUGUCUGUGUGUGUGUGUGUGUGUGUGUGUGUGUGAGAGAGAGAUCAGGGGGUAUGAGCUGAGAAUAAAAGGGAGCUUCGUGGAGCCAGAAGUGUCCAGUUAUUAGCAUGCUGGUCUGGUCACUGUGGCCCUGCAGUCAGACUGUAGGCCUGCUGUUAGCUGAUUCCGAAUCCUAAAGGAGAUACAUCAACAAAGAUGUAAAUCUAACCGCAAGAAAAUCACAGGAAUUUAUAAGGAUGAAACGUUUGCUUGGCAACAACGAGAAGGAAAAGAGCAGCGGCCUUUUAUGUGUUUGAAAACUCCGCUUUUAUAAAUCUUCAGCUUUGGAAACAGACUUGGCAGCUUUCCUCGCAUCUUUCCUAACUUGGCCGUAUCCUGGCUACUACUGUGGCUCGCUACCCGUCAAAGGAAACAACUCUUUCUUGGAUACAAAAGAAGCACUCGAAACCUCCACAUCCCUCAGUCCUCAGCAUUCCUGACCGGAGCAGAAGGAUCCUUGUCCUCCCAAUAACAACAUCAGAGAGGGACCGUAAAACCCACACAGCUUCGCCUCCAACAUGCUGAACCUCAACUCACCGGACGACAACAGCAACAGGAACUCUCUCCAGGACCCGGUGUCGUUGAACGUCGGUGGAGAGAUUUACACGACGACCCUGGACACUCUGACGCGCUGCCGUGACUCCAUGCUUGGCGCUAUGUUCACCGGACAGAUCCCCGUGCUGAGAGAUAACGGAGGGAAUGUUUUCAUAGACCGUGACGGCAAAGUGUUCAGGUACAUUCUGAAUUACCUGCGCUCUAGCUCCCUGGACUUGCCGGACGGCUUUUCAGAGCUGCCGCUGCUGCGGAGAGAGGUGGAUUUCUUCCAGAUACGCCCCCUGCUGGAGGAGAUUUGCCGCUACGAGGCAUCGGUGCCUCUCAGCCUUAAAGGAGGGCCGCUAGGAGCCAUGAUUGUGGUGAAUGUUGAUUCCAAGGUCCGCGUUCUCCACUUUAACUUACGCCACGGGCCAGAAAACUAUGAGCUUCGCACAUGCUCUGUGCGAGCAUUCACCGUCGACCUCUUUUGUACCUGGGGAGCCUUCCUCGCCCUUCUUUGUGAGCGCUUCUCCUACAGAACAUCCCGGGGUCUCACCAGCCCCCAUCCGUGCAACCCGACGCAGAACAGGCUGAAACUGGAGUGGGUGCCGAAGCCCGACCAACUCCCGCAGGACCAGUACGACAAGCAGCGCUACCGGGAGUUAACUGUCUCCAACCCCGAGGUCACGCCGUUGGAUGACGUCACGAACGUGCACCGGAACCCGUGUGAUGUCACAGACAUGCAGGGGUUUGUUGAGGAGCUGCUGAAGGUGUCUUUGGCUGAAGGGUUCAAGGUCGAUCUGGUGACUCCUGACCCGGCGGAAAUUCUGAACUGCUCCUCACUUCGGCUUGUCAAGUGCUGAGCUCUGGGCAAAGAACACAAAUUAAAAGUACCACAACAUGCCAUGUUGAUGAAGGAUGGUUUGUUCUCUCUGGUCACAACUGAGCCAGUUAUCCAGUUGGUUCGAGUUGGGGGUUAACUCUUUCAAUCUGGAAAUCAAAAGGAUACAGACUUGCUUUUUGUCUGUAGUCUCUGUGUCUGAGCUCCUGUCAUAGAGUUCACCAAAAUAGUAAAUAUUAAGCUGUGCUAAAAGCACAAUGAGUAGGAUUUUCCUAAAAAAAACAUUGUAUAGACUCAUACAAAAAGAAUCCCUCUCACCCACUAGAAGUGUGUGGUGGUGUCUGCAUUUGCAGAGACAGCGCAGCCCGCUGCCUGCAUUUUCUUAUAUUGCUGUGUUCGGGAUAUUUUGGGGCGUCAACCUCUAUUAAAGACAUAGCGACCAGGUGCCAGAUUGUAAGCACGCAUCCAAGGGGAAGCUACAAAAAUGGCGGACACAGUGCCGAAAAAACGCAAAUAUGGCGAAGCGAAACGCCAAGCGGACAAAGCUCGUUCCAAAACGAGAAUGAAUCUGGAGUUGGCUUUCAACCGCUGCCGAGUACGGAUGUCCCAGAAAUUUAGUAUUCGAUUUCAAUACCAGUGAAAUUUACAGAUUCUCGAUACCACGAUAAAAAACAAAACAAUAAUCAAAUGUACUUCAACAUCCAAUCCUUUACCAUUAGCAUAUUGGGUUUUGUGAAUUUAUUACUAAUCCCUGAUGACCCGCCUUAAAUUUUCUUGCCAAAAACUACAUUUUACAAGAUUACAUUUGAACACAUCAUGAUAACGAUAGAGAUUACCUUUGCCCAAUUUUAUGGAAUAGAGCUUGAACGCAUCAUAAUGUAACUCAAUGCGACCUCCGUACAUUAGCUAGCUCUCCUCCUGCAGAUUUCAACGCAGAUUUGUUGUUCACAAUGUAGCAUCAUCAGGGAAACCGAGACGAAGGGGACGACGUUAGUCUCGAGCCCUGAUCCCUGAUACCUACGGUACCUGACGUACUGUAGAAAAACAAGUACUGUCACAUUGUCAGAACUUAUACCACCAAUAAAAUCUUUCAUGAGUUUCCUCAUUUAUUACAUUAAGAUUUAUUACGUUAAGAUGAGAGGAUCGAUACCACACUCGUGACUCUGCCCUGUGGAUUUUUCCUGUAAAAAAAAAAGGUUAUGUUUCUCACCUAAAUGCAUUGUGUCCUUGAGGCCUAACAGAUGUGUUGUGUGCAUUUCCUACCUCAUAAAACAUUUGGAAGCAGAUGUGACAUCACAAGCUGGAACUAUUUUUUCUCUGGACACUUCCUGGACUCUCGUUGUCGCCAUGAGGUUGCCAAGAAACCAGUGGACACUUCAGUCACUGUGACUGGCCGAUUGCCAAGAAAUUUGAAAAUUCGAAGUUGAGCCAGGCUAGCUGUCUCCAGUCUUUAUGCUGAGUUUAGAUAAUUAGCUCCCGACUCUAGCUCCAGUGAUUCACGCAGACAUAAGUGUCAUCCAACUAUCA